AUGUUCACCAAGGCCCAGCUCCUCUCCUUUGUCCUCGCUUCUUUUGCCUUCAACGCGGCGUCCGCAAAGCCUAUUUCUGUCAGCUCCGCUGUUGCUGUCCCCACUACCUGCAGCAAAACCAGCACCAUCACCCGCACCCUCGGGGGUUUCGAUCCCAAUUGCUCGGUCGUUGUCACCGUGACCGAGGCCCCCCAACUUGAAGCUACCUGUAGCAAGACCAGUAUUGUUACGGUUACCCUUCCCGCCGGUGGACCAGGUGUUAGCACCUCUGUUACGACCUUUGUGCCAGGCGUUACGACCUCUGUGGCUACCGCUAUCCCGUCCAUUUCCGCUGCUCCCAUUCCAAGUGUCAGCACCUCCGUGGCCACAGUGAACGCGAUUCCAUCGAUCUCUGUGACCACCGCCCCACAGGUGUCAGUUACCACCGCCCCGCAGGUUUCAGCUACCACCGCUCCGCAGGUCUCAACUACCAGCGGCUCUGCCGGUGGGCCCGGUGACUGCUCCGUCGUCCUCACAGUCACCCAAGGCGGUUCCACCUCUUGCCCAUUCACCAACACUGUCACUCGCACCCUUGCGCCGACCGCCUCGCCCGACCCUGACUGCUCAGUCGUUAUCACUCACACCCAGUUCCUCCCCAGGGCCACCGGUGCUUAA